GAGUAAAGCUGGUCUAUUGUUCUCUGUUGCUGUGUUGCUUGUUGAACGGGUAUGGUAAUCUUGAAUGGCAUAGUCACCGAUGACCAAGGCAAGAUUACUGCUACCCACAACAGCAAUCGCCAUAAAACCAAGUCAACGGACCCGCCACGGAUAUAUUGAAUCUCUCCUCUUGUAACCCUAAAAGCCAGUGAUUUCCAAAGUUUUUGAAGAGAGCGACAAUGACACCAUUCUUAGAGAUGGAGAUGGAGCCACUGACUCAGGAAAUGGCGGCGGUGUCCUUGAAGAAGCCAACGAAACAAGUGAAAUUCGCGCCAUGGGUAUCGCAGAUCACUUUCCCUGCUAAUGUGGACGCUGCUCCAAUGGACAUGUUGUGGUAUGAUAAGGGAGAAAUGCAGAAACUGGCCAAGAAGGACUUAGACAUUUUGAUCAGUCAAGAAAAGAGCCAGAAUACUGGGGUGAAUGGACAGGCAGAGGAAGAAGUUGUCUGUAGCCGUGGUUUGGAAAUGUACUUGCGAGGGCAACUGCCGCGCCGUCAUGCACGGAGACGAUGCUACGAAACUGCUGUGUUGCGCAAACAGGCUCAGUUAAAGGCCCUCCUUGGCAACGCGACUGCCAAUGCCAAAGAGCAAGUUGCAGAGCGACUUCAAAAGUUCCUGAUCGUGAAAAGCAAGGCAUGUCAGGAGGAAGCACGAGCAUUGGGAGUUCAAGAUGCCAUUGAUGCGCAGCAAGUCUACCAUUCAGCUUCGAAGAUACCGUCGGAACACGUGGCAUUAUCCAACAGUGCCUCGCACGCGACAAAACAGGCAUUGACUUCAAUGCAGCGGCAUUCGCAAACCACAGUGCUGCGUGCAGCCUAGUUUCUCGUCAUUUGAUGAAUCUUUUGCAUGGGAAGAUUUUGGAAACUCUGCUAUACUUUUUAUAACAAACGGAAAUAGAUACCUCUAGCUAGUGAAGCAGAUCGUGGGAAACAAUAGUUUGGGCAU